CUGCUGGAGAUGAUUGUUGUACAAGAGAGCAGCAUUUAACAGAUUGGGAUAGUUAAGCUUUCAGCCAGUCGGAGCCAAAGGAGGUUCCAUAGCGGGGUCUGAACCAUGCCGGUGAGACGGGGCCAUGUGGCUCCCCAGAACACUUUCUUGGACACCAUCAUCCGCAAAUUCGAGGGACAGAAUCGAAAGUUUAUUAUUGCCAACGCACAGGUGGAGAACUGCGCCAUCAUCUUCUGUAAUGAUGCCUUCUGUGGGAUGUGUGGUUACACCCGGGCUGAGGUCAUGCAGAAGCCCUGUUCCUGUAGUUUCCUGUAUGGACCUCAUACCAAGAGACCGGCAGUGGCCCAGAUGGCUAAAGCUCUGCUGGGAGCAGAAGAAAGGAAGGUGGAGAUUUCCCUCUACACAAAAGAUGGAGUGUGUUUCCAUUGCGCAAUAGAUGUGGUUCCAGUGAAGAAUGAAGACGGGCUGGUCAUCAUGUUCAUUCUCAACUUCGAGCACCUUUCCGAUCUUUUGAAAAAAUGUGUUUCAUCACGGUCACUAAGAUUGGCGACCACAUCACUUCUUGUUGUCCCAAGAACAAGGUUAGCGCAGAGGGGAGACAGAGCCUUUGCAAUUGUGGCCCCCAAUCUCUGGAAUGAACUGCCCCUCCAGGAAUCGGGUGAUGAUGGCCCGCGGCGGGAUGUCACCCUCUGGUCAUCGCCUCGCGAUGGAUAUGUGUACCUGGUCAAUUUCAAUCCCGCCGGGAAAGUCGAGCUCCAGGAGCUGUGGGAUGUUGUCGCGGAGGAAGGAGAGCCCAGGGAUCCAGAAGGGAUGCGUGCUUUGUGGAUCUGGCAGCAGACCAAGGCGGGGGCCUUGGCGGUCCAACCCUCGGCUACGGAACUGACGGGUAUCGGCGGGCCAAGCGGAGCACAGCAGCAGCAGUCCCGGGGGCAAAAACUCAAGGGGGAGGAGUUCGAACAUUUUACAGCAGAGCCUAAGGUGGUCACAACGCUGGCGCUAGUCGUCCCCGAUCCUAGAACCAAUGUUAAGGUUCCAGUUCUCAUCGGUACUAACACCCUUGACAUCCUGUAUGCAGACUUCAAUGAAGAAACAACAGUUUCACCAGACUGUGAAUAUGCCUCACUCAUCAGACAUCUACAGAGCAUCUACCUCAGCAGGGCACAACAAGACGGCCAAGUGGGCAGAGUGAAAUUACAGUCCAAGAACACAGUAGUCAUUCUGGCUGGAAAGAAAGUGGCAUUAAAUGGCCGUGCAAGACAUGUUCCUACUGUUGAUGGUGCGCCUCUCCUGGUGGAACACCCCACCAAGUCCAGUCUACCAGGUGGCUUAAUAUUCUGUAGUUACAUCAUGGCAAGUCCACGGCAGACCUUUUUCAAAGUCCCCAUCCUCCUCAAGAAUGAGUCUACACAAGACAUCACAGUUCCAGCCAGUCGAACUCUGGCAGAGCUCUCAAUGCCACUAUCCAUCUCUCCAUUGACCUCCACCAAUGAGAUUAAAGGGGAAGUAUCAGACUCAAACCAGACCAACACUACUGCCCGGUGUUUUACAGCUGGUCGAGUGAAUCCUGAAAACUUGAUCGAGUUUUACUUUGCUGACUCCCCUUUGUCAGAGGAAUGGAAAGCCAGGAUUACCAAGAAGUUGAAUUCAACUCCUGAAGUCUUCGCAAGGGGAGAUCUUGACUAUGGGCACACGACAGCCGUAAAGCACAAGAUCCGCCUCUCUGACCCGACGCCUUUCAAACAGAGGGCAAGGCCCAUCCAUCCAUCUGAUUACGAGGUGGUUCGUCUCCAUCUGAAAGAGUUGUAUUAUGCAAACAUCAUAAGGGAGUUGGAGAGUCCAUUUGCUUCGCCAAUUGUCGUAGUGAAGAAGAAAAAUGGACAAAUCCGCCUAUCAUCAGAUACAGGGCUGGCAAAAAGAACCAGGACGCAGAUGGGCUAUCAAGAUGUCCACAUGCCCCUGCAGAAAUUGAUAAGGAUGAUGAGGAUGAGGAUGAAUGAUUACGGCAGUUUAUAUCAAAAGCCAGUUGAAGCCGACAAAGUCAGUCUGGGUGGCCGGAAGGAGACAAUUGCCAAAUCCUUCCAGAGGAAUCAUGUACCUGAAGUUGAGGAGGCAGGAAAUCCACAUGAUAGUGACAAAGAGGAGGAGUUAGACUAUCCAUCAAUGACCCAGAGCCUACUGGACACAAAGACAGACGCCUUUGUGGCAUUACCUCCGGGUGAAAUCAGACCUCCGUGCAAACUGAUUGACAGAACACACCAUGUCACUGAGAAAGUCACCCAGGUGCUGUCUCUGGGUGCUGAUGUGUUACCCGAGUAUAAACUACAGACUCCCAGGAUCCAGAAGUGGACCAUCCUUCACUACAGUCCAUUCAAAGCUGUUUGGGACUGGGUCAUUUUGCUCUUAGUUAUUUAUACAGCCAUAUUCACUCCUUAUUCUGCUGCAUUUCUACUGAGUGACCAAGAGGAAGCAGCCAUGCAGACCUGUGGUUACUCCUGUUCCCCCCUCGAUGUGGUGGAUUUUAUAGUAGACAUCAUGUUCAUUGUUGACAUAAUCAUCAACUUCAGAACCACAUAUGUGAACUCCAAUGAUGAGGUAGUGAGCCAGUCUUCUCGGAUAGCUGUCCACUACUUCAAAGGGUGGUUCCUCAUUGAUAUGGUGGCAGCCAUUCCUUUUGAUCUCCUCAUCUACCGCUCAGGAGAGGAGGUGACCACCACACUGAUCGGCUUACUGAAGACAGCCCGGCUACUGCGAUUGGUUCGUGUCGCCAGGAAGUUGGACCGUUACUCAGAGUAUGGUGCAGCUGUCCUCUUCCUCCUCAUGUGCACCUUUGCCCUCAUCGCUCACUGGCUGGCCUGCAUCUGGUAUGCCAUAGGUAAUGUGGAGCGGUCGACCUCGGCUGGAAUUGGCUGGUUGGAUAAUCUGGGUGAGCAGCUAGGGAAGCUGUACAAUGACUCCAUCAUCGGGUCAGGUCCUUCCAUCAGAGAUAAAUAUGUCACAGCUUUGUACUUCACCUUCAGUAGUCUGACCAGUGUAGGCUUCGGGAAUGUCUCCCCAAACACCAACUCUGAAAAGAUCUUCUCCAUCUGCGUCAUGCUUAUUGGAGCUCUGAUGUAUGCCAGUAUUUUUGGAAAUGUGUCAGCCAUUAUCCAGCGGCUGUACUCUGGUACAGCACGCUACCACGCCCAGAUGAUGAGAGUCCGAGAAUUCAUUCGCUUUCACCAGAUCCCCAACCCUCUGAGACAGCGACUGGAAGAAUACUUUCAACACGCAUGGUCAUACACUAAUGGGAUAGAUAUGAAUGCUGUUUUAAAGGGUUUCCCAGAAUGUCUCCAGGCAGAUAUUUGUCUCCACCUCAACAGGUCACUGCUGCAAAACUUUAAAGCUUUUAAAGGAUCCACUAAGGGCUGUCUGAGGGCGCUAGCCAUGAGGUUUAAGACCACCCACGCUCCUCCUGGUGAUACCUUAGUCCAUGCUGGAGACCUGAUAUCCGCUCUGUACUUCAUCUCUAGAGGAUCCAUAGAGAUCCUCAGAGGAGAUGUGGUGGUGGCUAUCCUAGGAAAGAAUGAUAUCUUUGGGGAGCCCAUCAAUCUGUAUGCUUUGCCAGGGAAAUCCAAAGCUGAUGUCAGAGCUCUAACCUACUGUGAUCUGCACAAAAUACACAGAGAAGAUAUGUUGGAGGUUCUGGACAUGUAUCCUGAAUUUUGUGAAUAUUUCUGGUCCAACUUGGAGAUCACUUUCAACCUCAGAGAUGUAUGUUGCUCCUGUUACAGCUCCUCUAUUUAUUGAAACUAGGUAGAAAUUAUGACUUGUUAAAACUACACUGGAGAUAUCUUCAAUUUGAGUUUUUACUUUUAACUAGUUUAAGUGGAUGCUCAAAACAAAAUAAAGGCAAAAGACACACAUGUAACUAACAUAUACUAUGAUAGUGAUGGAUAGUACUCUAAAAAUACCAUUGCUGUACA